AUGCGUGUCUACUCUGGAAAGCUCAAUUCCCAAUCCAAGACAGCUGAGAAUGAGCUCAUCUCUCUUGGCUUCAACGGCGAUCUGAGAAAAGGUACGACAGCAGUUCUCGUGGGCCAGUGGACCAAGAGCUAUGAGGAAACCCCCAAAGCAAACUACUCCUCCGUCGGGACUGUCACCAAGUUUGAUACCGGGUCAGCCUCUGGUGGAGACAAUAUCGAGAUCUACAAGUCGGAAAAGCCAUACUACUGGUUUGAGGGCACUGCACAUGCAGACAGACUGAAGUUGACCAUGAAGAAGCAAAAUGGGUCAUUUUACGGUGAGGCGGAGAUGGAGCUUGCUUAUAAGGAGGAUCGUGAUUAG